UUGACAGUGAAGUAAAACUGUCCAAUUUUUUUGUAAAUACAAAUUUCGUUUAAAUAAUCAAAAUCAUGUUAUUUCGACAAAUUGUUCGCAAUAAAUUAUACACAAGUCCAAUGGUGUUGAGUAAGAGGAAUUACGAAAUUCCUCCUGAGCUGGUGGAAGUGGGCAAGGCCAAAGACCCAAGCUUCUAUAGAAUGGUGGAGUACUUCUACCACUACGCCGUGAAGGUUGUCGAACCGGCUCUAAAUGAGUACCUCCAGAAACAUCCACAACUUUCUGAGAAGAAACGAAAGCAGCGAGUGGCCGGUAUUUUAAAGGUGAUGGGUUCGUGCAACAGCUCGCUUCAGUUCGAGUUCCCGCUACAACGCAAAAAUGGAGACUACGAGAUCGUGAAGGGUUACCGUUCCCAGCACAGCGUGCACCGCUUGCCAUGCAAAGGAGGGAUCCGAUUUUCGGAUGAAGUUAACUUAGAAGAGGUGAAAGCUCUAGCAGCGCUAAUGACCUACAAAUGCGCGUGCUCUAGUAUACCAUUUGGAGGGGCGAAAGGAGGAGUGAGUAUCAACCCAAAGUGUUAUACGAUAGCCGAGUUGCAGAGGAUUACCCGUCGAUAUACACUGGAGUUGGCCAAAAAAAACUAUAUAGGCGCAGGCGUGGAUGUUCCCGCUCCUGAUGUAAACACCUCCGGCAGGGAGAUGUCCUGGAUCGUUGAUACUUAUGUCAAAACUUUGGGCUAUCGAGACAUAAACGCGGCUGCCUGCGUGACGGGCAAGCCGAUCAACGGCGGCGGCAUACACGGGCGCGUCGAGGCGACGGGACGCGGUGUGUUCAUGACCAUCAACCAAUUCAUUCACGACGAGGCGUGGAUGCAGCUCAUUGGCAUUCCGGCUGGCUUCAAGGAUAAAACUGCGAUCAUUCAAGGCUUCGGAAAUGUGGGCAGCUACGCAGCGGUAUACCUCCACGAGCAAGGGGUCAAGAUCAUAGGCGUUGUGGAGGUCGAUUGCAAUCUGGCGAAAGCUGAGGGUAUCGACCCUGUGGAGCUGAUUAAAUAUAAGAAAAGCAACCGAGGCAGCGCAAAAGGCUUUCCUGGCGCGCAGGAAGCGGACUCCGAGCUACUCUAUCAAAAGUGCGACAUCCUCGUUCUGGCCGCGCUAGAGAAGGCCAUCACCCAGGAUAACGCCGCCAAGCUCCAAUGCCGGAUGAUCGGCGAGGGUGCGAACGGACCGACGACGCCGGCGGCUGAUGUGAUACUCCGCGAAAAGAAGAUCCUUGUGCUGCCCGACCUCUUGGCCAACGCAGGAGGUGUCACAGUCUCCUACUUCGAAUUCCUGAAGAACAUUAACCACGUGAGCUACGGGAAGCUCAGCAUCAAAUUCUGGAAGGAUUCUAAUACGGCGUUGUUAGAUUCAGUUGAGCAGUCACUUAAGAAAGCGAACAUCUCCGCGCCGAUUGAGCCAACGCCGCUGUUCCAGGCCAUGAUAUGCGGCGCGAACGAGGAGCUGAUCGUCAACUCGGGGUUGGAGUACUCGAUGACGAAGGCCUGCAAUAAUGUGAUGCGCGCUGCGAAGCAAUACGACCUCGGUUUGGACGUGCGCACGGCGGCCUAUGUCACCGCCAUCGAGAGGAUCUUUCUAACAUACGACGAACAAGGCCUCACGAUUUAACUCGUCAUCACACAUUGCUAUAAACCGAUUACUCCGCGAUACUAUAUUCAACUGUGAUGUAGGUAUAGGCAAGUAUAGGUAUGUGCUGUAGUUUUUUUUGACAAUAUAACCUUUAACCGCUCAAAGUAUAAUACACUACCACGUUAUUACACACCCAGUUUCGCUACACUGUACAAGGUGUUGGCACCUAAAAUAAAAACCGGGCAAGUACCAUAAUGCAAAAAACGGCAAAAAAAAAACGGUCACCCAUUCAAGUACUGACCCCGCCCGACGUUGCUUAACUUCGGUCAAAAAUCACGUUUGUUGUAUGGGAGCCCCACUUAAAUCUUUAUUUUAUUCUGUUUUUAGUAUUUGUUGUUAUAGCGGCAACAGAAAUACAUCAUCUGUGAAAAUUUCAACUGUCUAGCUAUCACGGUUCGUGAGAUACAGCCUGGUGACAGACGGACGGACGGACGGACAGCGGAGUCUUAGUAAUAGGGUCCCGUUUUACCCUUUGGGUACGGAACCCUAAUAGUAUGCGGUGAUGGUUAGAUAUCUCUUCACUCCACUUGUAACGGUCGUAGACUCAGCGUUUUGCUUGUACCUAAAUCAAAGUUGACGAAAACAUUAAAAAAAAUUGAUUCAUUGUUUAUUACAUUUCUUAAAAUAUUAUAACAUUUUCAUAAAAUAUACAUCGCAACAAUAUUGUAUUCUGAAAUCAAUUAAAUAUAAUGAUUAAGUAAUA